AUGGUCCCCGUUCUCAAGAAGUACAAGGCCGCUGCAGUCAAUGCUGAGCCCGGUUGGUUCGACCUGCAAGAAUCCGUUCGGCGAACCAUCCACUGGAUCAAUGAAGCAGGGAAUGCAGGCUGCAAGCUGAUUGCUUUCCCGGAGCUGUGGAUCCCGGGCUAUCCAUACUGGGCUUGGAAGGUGAACUACCAGGAGAGCUUGCCACUCCUGAAGAAGUAUCGCGAAAACAGUCUUCCCUCGAACUCGGAUGAAAUACGUCGCAUCCGCGAAGCAGCCAAAGCUAACAAGAUUUGGGUGUCUCUCGGAUACUCGGAGCUCGAUCUCGCCAGCUUGUACACGACGCAGAUUAUGAUCAGCCCAGCCGGGGAUGUCAUCAAUCAUCGUCGCAAAAUCAAGGCCACCCAUGUUGAGCGCCUUAUUUUCGGUGACGGCACCGGUGACACCACCGAGUCAGUCAUGGAGACUGAGAUCGGCCGCAUUGGACAUCUGAACUGCUGGGAAAACAUGAACCCUUUCCUGAAGGCAUAUGCCGCCUCACUUGGUGAGCAGGUGCACAUCGCUGCCUGGCCUCUCUAUCCCGGGAAAGAGACCCUCAAGUACCCGGACCCAUAUACUAAUGUGGCCGAAGCAAAUGCAGAUCUUGUUACACCUGCGUAUGCUAUUGAAACCGGGUCGUUCACUCUAGCUCCAUGGCAGACAAUUACCGCGGAAGGAAUCAAGCUCAAUACGCCUCCCGGGAAGGAGCUUGAGGAUCCCAACAUUUAUAAUGGAAAUGGCCGCAUCUUUGGGCCCGAUGGGCAGAACCUGGUCCCUCACCCCGACAAGGACUUCCAAGGACUCCUUUUCGUUGAUAUUGACCUCGACGAGAUCCAUCUGACCAAGUCUUUGGCUGAUUUCGGUGGCCACUACAUGCGACCAGACUUGAUCCGUCUUCUUGUUGACACCAACCGCAAGGACUUGAUUGUUCACGAGGACAGAGUCAAUGGUGGCAUUGCUUAUAGCCGGACUAUUGACCGGGUCGGACUUUCUAGUCCUUUGAAUGUCUUGGCUACUGAGGUUCAACCUGAGAGCAGCUAG